GGAGCGAACACACACUCCCGGCUCGGAGCCGCGAGAGAGCGGAGCGAACCGAGCCGCGCACCCGCCGCCGCCGUCGCCCCGCGCGCCCCGCUCUCCUUGCGCCACACUCCAGCCAGGCGCCGGUGCCCCGAGCGGCCGCCCGCGGAGCCCGCGACAGCCCCCGCGGGGCUGGCAGCAUCCUCGCGGCGCCCAGCCCCCGCACGUUCCCGGCCUUUUAAAAGGACCUCCCGCCACUUCCCCACUCUGCCCAGGGAUCCCCCAGCCCCGCGCUGCUCCCCGCUCCACUUCGAAGCAACUUCGGCUGCCGCGCGCCGCCAGCCCUCGCCCGCCUUUGAAGUUUGCAGCGCCCACCGCAAAGUUGGGACACUUCGGCCGAUUUAAUUUUUCUCUUUUAUCGGCCUCCUCCUCCGCCUCCCAGCCCCUUCGGUUCCUGAGUACUGGUGCUUAGCAUCUUGGCCGGUGCCGGGGACGUGGACUGUUUUGCACACCACACCUCGUGGAGGGAUUUUUCCUCUCCCCCUCCCAGGAAAAGCAAACCGAAUUUUUUUUAAGGAUGGUGCCUCUCCAUUGGUGUCUGCUGUGGUUGCUACUACCACUCAGCUCAAGGACUCAGAAGUUACCCACUCGAGAUGAGGAACUUUUUCAGAUGCAGAUCCAGGACAAAGCAUUUUUUCAUGAUUCAUCAGUAAUUCCAGAUGGAGCUGAAAUUAGCAGUUAUCUCUUUAGAGACACACCUAAAAGGUAUUUCUUUGUGGUUGAAGAAGACAAUACUCCACUAUCAGUCACAGUGACUCCCUGCGAUGCACCUUUAGAGUGGAAGCUGAGUCUCCAAGAGCUGCCAGAAGAGGCAAGCGGGGAAGGCUCAGGUGACCCAGAGCCUCUGGAGGAACAGAGGCAGCAGAUCAUUAAUGAGGAAGGCACAGAAUUAUUCUCCUACAAAGGCAAUGAUGUGGAGUAUUUUAUAUCUUCUAGUUCUCCGUCUGGUUUGUAUCAGUUGGAGCUUCUUUCAACAGAGAAAGACACACAUUUCAAAGUCUAUGCCACCACAACCCCAGAGUCUGAUCAGCCCUACCCCGAAUUACCUUACGACCCAAGAGUAGAUGUCACGUCCCUGGGACGUACCACAGUCACCUUGGCCUGGAAACCGAGCCCUACAGCGUCUCUGCUUAAACAACCCAUUCAGUACUGUGUGGUCAUCAACAAAGAGCACAAUUUCAAAAGUCUCUGUGCUGUUGAAGCAAAACUGAGUGCAGAUGAUGCUUUUAUGAUGGCUCCAAAACCCGGGCUGGACUUCAGCCCCUUUGACUUUGCCCACUUUGGAUUUCCUUCAGAUAAUUUGGGUAAAGAACGCAGCUUCCUAACCAAGCCUUCCCCCAAACUGGGGCGGCAUGUCUACUCGAGGCCCAAGGUUGACAUUCAGAAAAUCUGCAUAGGAAAUAAGAACAUCUUCACCGUCUCAGACCUGAAACCCGACACGCAGUAUUACUUUGACGUCUUCGUGGCCAACAGCAACAGCAACAUGAGUACGGCUUACGUGGGCACCUUCGCCAGGACCAAGGAAGAGGCAAAACAGAAGACAGUCGAGCUCAAAGAUGGAAAAGUGACAGACGUAUUUGUCAAACGGAAGGGAGCCAAGUUUUUGCGGUUUGCCCCGGUCUCUUCACACCAAAAAGUCACUUUCUUCAUUCACUCUUGUCUGGACGCUAUCCAGAUCCAAGUGAGAAGGGAUGGGAAGCUUCUUCUGUCGCAGAAUGUGGAAGGCAUUCGGCAGUUUCAGCUCAGAGGAAAACCUAAAGCCAAGUAUCUCAUUCGCCUGAAAGGACACAAGAAAGGAGCAUCUAUGUUGAAAAUACUAGCGACCACAAGGCCGAGUAAGCAGCCAUUUCCCUCUCUUCCCGAAGACACAAGAAUCAAAGCAUUCGACAAGCUCCGCACCUGUUCUUCGGCCACGGUGGCUUGGCUGGGCACUCAGGAGAGGAACAAGUUCUGCAUCUACAAAAAGGAAGUGGAUGAUAACUACAAUGAAGACCAGAAGAAAAGAGAGCAAAACCAAUGCCUCGGACCAGAUACAAGGAAGAAAUCGGAAAAGGUCCUCUGUAAAUAUUUCCACAGUCAAAACCUACAGAAAGCAGUGACCACAGAAACCAUUAAAGGACUUCUGCCUGGAAAAUCUUACCUGCUGGAUGUUUAUGUCAUAGGACAUGGGGGGCACUCGGUGAAGUAUCAGAGUAAAGUCGUGAAAACCAGGAAGUUCUGUUAGUUACCUCACAGAGAGAGAUACUAUUACAUAGAACUGCAGGAGAGACACGAAAUCACUUUCAGUAUAAACUGACUACUCCCACAGCUGAGAGAAGUUGUGACUGGUGCUGGUACUGGGGAAGGAAGGAUAUCAACUUGUGUACAUGGAUGUUUAUAUGAGUAACUGUUGAGGAGCCUUGUUCUAGUGUGCCCCGAUGGCACCUAGUGUGUGUCUGCUGCCCGUGGAUGUCAAAGAUAGAGGACAUCUUGAAGGAACUGCCAUCUCUUGCUUUGACCACUGCAUGAACUGCUUCUAAAUUAUUUUAUUACCUAAAAAUCUAAGAUAAUGCCAUUCAUUGCACACAUCCACAAAAUGCAAAUCAUUCCUCUCUAUAGAUGCUAGGAUAUAUAUAAAUUAUUUUAUAAAGUCGUUUUAAAUGUCAGUGUUUCUAUGAUUGUAAACUAUUAAAUUCUUUUCCUGUUAAAGUACAGAUCUAAUCUAAGUAUAUUAAGUGGACAGCCCUCUAGUCAGUUAUAUUGCUAUUGUAAAUUCUUAUCUGUUGAGUAAAAUGUUUAAAUACUAUAUGUAUCUCAUGUACAAAGUUGACAUACAUUAUAUUCAUGUACAUAAAAUUAAAGAUAUUAGAUUAUAUACUGUUCAUUUUCCCAAGCAGCUA